AGCUUCGGUAAUCGCCAUCGUCCCUGAGAAAGAUUGAGUGCAAUUACUGAAGAAGACAGUUAGGUGUGUGGCUCUCUCCAUUGUUUUUUCCACUUUCAUUCAUUCUCAUCUUCUCAUACCUCCAAAACCAAAAACCCACUAUUGACAUUUCAGAGACACAUUUUCCAUCUGAGUUGUUCCUUUCUCAUUGGACCCGCCACGUGUCCACUCCCAACAUAUAACACACCGUACCCCUCACUGCGCUCGCGGCGUCUCUUAGCCGCGCUGCCGCUUCUCCUCUUAACGUGCGCCACUAUUGUCACCGCUUCCCGAUCCGAUCAUCCAAACCCUAGUUUCAAUCCCGAUUUCGCGUUGUUGUUCUGAUUGCGAGAUUCGAUUCUGAUUCUGAUGCCGAUUUCAGCUGGGAAUAGCCGUUGAAUACUGAAUUCUGAUUGUUAUGGUGAUAUGAUCUUGGAAUUUUUGAGAGAGAGAGCGAAUUUUAGGUGAGGAAACGAAGAGGAAGAUGAUGCAGAGACGGAGUCCUCCGAAACAUAGGCACGAUGGGACUUCGCCGCUGCCUCUCGGCAUGGAUUGGAGUCCCGCUCCUCGAAAAUGGAAUGGGCGAGAUACAGUAUGGCCACACAAUCAUCGUACUGGUUGGAGUUACUGUGUCACAAUACCUUCCUGGGUUUUCCUUCCGAAAUCAAAGAAUUCAGAUCCUAUAGUGUUCUACAGGGUGCAAGUUGGCAUUCAGUCACCAGACGGCAUUACAACACUGCAUGUAGUACUUAGAAGGUUCAAUGAUUUUCUAAAGUUGUUUGCCGAUGUUAAAAAGGAGUUUCCCAGGAAAAAUAUCCCUCCAGCACCACCCAAGGGACUCAUGCGAUUGAAAAGCCGGGCUUUGUUGGAAGAGAGAAAGUCCUCAUUGGAGGAGUGGAUCACCAAACUUUUGUCUGACAUUGAUAUAUCAAGGUGCGCUGCGGUGGCAUCAUUUCUUGAACUAGAAGCUGCUGCUAGAUCCUCUUUCCAAGAUGCAAGCCAGCAGAGCUCUGAAUCAGAUCCUGAUUCCAAUAACAGAGCUUAUUCAGUUCAAUCACCUCCCCAUUCAAGCCUAUCAUUUGCUGCUGGAAGUUCAUCUAUUGCCUCUGAUUAUGGUAGUGAUACAGCAUAUGAGCCAUCUGAACUAGGAACUCCAAGAAUUGGACGGGAUGACAAUUCUGAAGGCGGCACAGAUGAUCUAACAGUAGAUGAAGAGAUCACAAAUCCAAUGGAAAAGCUUAUGAAAUACGGUAUAUCAAAUAUUGAUGAGGGUUUGUUCAUGGGUCAGACUAUUCUAGAGCAAUUGGAAGGCCUUCCUAGGCAUAAAGUAAAUGCCAGACAUGUCAAUUAUGUUACAGAGAAGGAAAAGAAUAAUGGUAAUUCUUAUAAUGCUUCACAUUUAGCUAACAAUUCUAUGGAGCUUUUCUCUGAGACUGAGCAUGCUACUGUUAUCAAUCACACUCGCAAGCUUUCAUCUGAGAGUAUUGGGAGUGAUGGUAGCUCAAUACGAGGUAGUGAUAUGUCUAAUUCUGGAAUUCGAAAUUCAUCUGGUGAUGGUUCUCAUGACGUUCCUGGAGGUGCUAUGGUUUCAAGACCAACAGAUAUUAUGGGCCGUGCACAAUCACAGUCUUCUGGUGAUGGUCAAAUAGUCCUUCCACUAGAUCAACGCAAUAAAUUGAACAGGAUUCUUUUAACUAUGCAGCGAAGGCUAGUCAGUGCAAAAACUGAUAUGGAGGACCUUAUAGUCAGAUUAAAUCAAGAGAUAGCUGCAAAGGAUUUCCUCACAACGAAGGUCAAGGAUUUGGAAGUAGAACUUGAAACCACCAAACAGAAAAGUAAGGAGAACUUGCAGCAGGCUAUUCUGAUUGAGAGGGAAAGGUUUACGCAAAUGCAGUGGGAUAUGGAGGAACUCCGGCGGAAGUCACUCGAAAUGGAGAUGAAACUGAAGUCCGAAUCGGGUGGAAAUUCAAGUGAGAAUUUAUCAAAGGAUGCAGUUGUUCAGCAGAAAGAUGUACUGUUGCAGAAUUUAAAUGCUGCUAAAGAGCAGCUGGAAAUUUUGUCAAAACAGUAUGGGGAGCUAGAAGUAAAAUCAAAAGCAGAUGUUAAGAUUCUGGUUAAAGAGGUCAAAUCUCUACGGAAUACCCAAAAGGAGUUGAAGAAGGAGCUUAGUGAGUCAGUAAAGGAAAAGUGUGAAACUGAGAAACUUAUUCAACAAGAAAGAGAGAGGAGGGAGCAGACAGAAACUGCUUGGCGAGAGCUGCUGCAAAAAUCCCGGCUUCUUUUCAACCAGCUUCAAGAGUGCGAUGUCAAUCUUCCUAGCGAAGAUGAAGAUAGGGCAACAAUCAAGAGUUCAUCAUCAAGUGAGACUUUUAAUCAGUUAGCAGCAUCUGAUGGCCAAAUUGACUUCCUAAUACGAGAGGUAGAAAACUUAGGAAAGGACUACGGAAGUGGUGCUUCUAGUGUAGAUAAAACCAAUAAAAUUAAAGAUGGUAUACUCUGUGAUGAUGAAGUGAGAAAGAUCAUUGCAGAUUUGUUCAUGGACAAUGUUAGAUUGAGAAAACAGACAAACCGCAUUACAAGGCAAGCUUUCAAAUUGGACAUGAAAGAAAAUGAUGCUUCUCCUACGGAAAAUGUAACAAGUAUUUAGGAAUAUUUAUGGAGUGGCAGUAUAUAUUUUUCUUCCUUUUUCCACUUAUCCCUGUGGAUGAUCACUUGCUAUUCCUAUUAGGUGACUUGAUCCAAUACUGAAUGAAGUAGCCCCCUCAUGUAUUUUCCACUUGUACCAGUUCUUACCUUGCACAGAUAUACGAGCUUUUUUUCUUUGCACCACUUUA